GUAUGCCAACCAGUGUUGGUGCAAACUAACUCGUCACUUCCCUGAAAUGGCUGUGUACUUGCGAAGUAACCGCGGUGGGCUGAAACUUCUGCACGAAGGCUUCGAGUAUGACAAGGAACGUUGCUUCAAAGAAAAGACAUACUGGCAAUGUAGCCGGAAACUGGAGUGUAAAGCAAGGGCUCACACUAUUGACGAAGAAGUUGUCAAGCUGAUCAACGAACACAGCCAUGCUCCCAGCCGACUGGACCAAGAGGCCAAGUUGGCGUACUCAUCAAUGAAGGAAAGAGCACGGACGACUGAGGAACCCAAUCAAGCCAUCGUCGGACGCCUGGUGGCCGAGAUGACACCGGAAGCUUGCAGUUACUUACCGCCUCAGGACACUGUUAAAGGGCAAAAUAUAUGCCACCUCAUAUGCUAUGGAGAUGUCCAGUUUAUCAUCGGGCUAGCCUAA